AGACACCCAUAAUCAGCUGACAUAGUAAUAGCCCAUGAGAAAGAGACCCAGAAUGAAUGAGAAUGAAUGAGAUUGCACCCCUAGUCUUCCUGACUGAAUUUACGCAUAAGCUUCAUUUGUUUUUUUGAUUACUAUCCGUUGUGUUGUUGUCCUGUGUAGACAGAAUCCCAGAUGGGGGGCUGCAAAUAUCCCAUAUUCCCGCUGGCUGCCUGCAGAGUACGAGGAUGUGUGGGGGAUGCCCAGAGGCUGGGAUCCAGAGCACACCUACCAUAACGCCACUCUGCCUCCAGUGCGGCUGGUGUCUCAUGAAGUGCUGUACACUCACAAUGACAACAUCUCUCUGGACUCCACUCUGUCCCACCUGCUGGUGGAGUGGGGUCAGUGGAUCGACCACGACGUGGUGCUGACGCCUCAGAGCCCCAGUACAGCAGCCUUCAGGACAGGAGCUGACUGCACACGCACCUGCAGCCGGGACACGCCCUGCUUCCCCAUACAGAUCCCUCUGUCGGAUCCUCGUAAUGGCAUCCAGAGUUGUAUGCCUUUCUUCCGCUCUGCUCCCAGCUGUGUUGGUGGACUCCCGUCUCAUCACCACCGAGAGCAGCUCAACGCCAUCACCUCCUUUGUAGAUGCCAGUAUGGUGUACGGCAGCUCCGCCAGUCUGGCCUCGACUCUGAGAAACCACUCAUCUCCUCUGGGCUCAAUGGCCCUCAACACCGAGCACUCGGACCACGAGCUGGCCUACAUGCCAUUUCUGCCACGCCUGCAGGCUCACCUUGACCCCUGUGGCCCCCGAAACUCCACCACCCCAAGGGCGUUUGAAAGAUCCAGAGGGCAGGAGAACAUCACAUCCUGCUUUCAAGCUGGUGAUUCAAGAGCUAAUGAGCAUCUGGGAAUGAUUGCGCUGCACACAAUCUUUCUUAGAGAGCACAAUCGACUGGUCAAAGAGCUACACCUGCUCAACCCUCACUGGAGCCCUGAUACACUUUAUCAGGAGGUUCGCAAGAUCAUAGGAGCCAUUCAUCAGAUCCUAACAUGGGACCACUACCUGCCGCGGGUCCUCGGUGAGAGUGCCAUGUCUCAUCUGAUGCCUCCCUACGAGGGUUAUGAUCCAGAGGUGGAUCCCAGCAUCGCUAACGUCUUUGCAGCUGCCGCAUUUCGUUUUGCCCACGUCACCGUGCAGCCAGUGGUGACCAGGCUGGGGCCAGGAUACACCACCAACUCCCAGCAUCCCCCGCUGCCUCUGCAUCAUUCACUGUUUGCCUCCUGGAGGGUCGUGCAGGAAGGUGGUAUAGACCCUGUGUUACGCGGUCUGUUGCUGUCUCCGGCCAAGCUGCAGACUCCAGGUCAGAUGAUGGUGGAGGAGCUGACGGAGAGGCUGUUUCAGGCACAGGGAGGGAUGCCUCUGGACCUCGGGGCCCUUAACCUCCAGAGGGGCCGGGAUCACGGCCUGCCUGGAUACGGCUCGUGGAGAAGGUCGUGCGGCCUCUCUGUUCCCAACAAUACAUCAGAACUGGCUGAAAUUCUGAGUAACUUCACUUUGGCUCGCAAAUUCCAGCUCCUGUACGGGACGCCACACAACAUCGAUGUGUGGGUCGGGGCCAUCUCUGAGCCCGCUCUGCCCGAAGGUCGAGUCGGACCACUGCUGUCUUGCCUGCUGGCGAGACAGUUCAGGGCGCUGAGAGAUGGGGACAGGUUUUGGUGGGAGAGGGAAGGAGUAUUCACCAGCACCCAGAGGAGACACUUAAAGGGUGUCUCUCUGUCCCGCAUCAUUUGUGACAACAGCCGUAUCACUCGGGUGCCCUCUGACCCGUUCUCACGCACUGAGAGGCCGGACGACAUGCUGGCCUGUUCACACCCGCUCAUCUCCCACCUCGACCUCAGCGCGUGGAAAGAACCAGACACAGAUCCCAGGUGUGGUCCGAUACCCAGGAUUCAAUCCGGCUACUCUCUGCUCUGUGACUCUGUGAUUCUGUAUCAGUGUCACUCUGGCUUCAAGCUGCUGGGAUCUUCGUCUGUCAGCUGUGAUCCAAACAGCCAACAGUGGAGCCCCGCACCCCCAAAAUGUCAAGAUAUUAAUGAAUGUGAAGAACAAACUUCUCUCUGCCCACAAAACCUGGAGUGUCUCAACAUACCAGGUUCCUUUAUUUGCUCAGAACCCUCCUCGCUGUCUGUCGUCUCUAUCGUCACUGCAGUGACAGUAGUGACCGGUGGUGUGGCAGCACUGCUACUGAUCAUGUUCUGUUAUCGAAGAUAUUUUCCCAAGAAAGAAGAGUUGGUCAAUGCUGGAUGUUGCCAGGGGAAAAGUUAAAAAAGAGUUCUGUCAAUUUCUGUUCUAAUGUUCCUCUACAGCAUGUCAUAUGAAAAUUAUCUUACUGUCUUAAUUAUCUUAAGUUGCAAAUAGAUUGAUCUGUGAACUGUCCGUCUAUAGUAGUAGAAUGUUUUGUCUUGUUAAUUUAUAAUAGCCAUGUACCACUAAGGCUGGACAAACAUUAAUUAGUAUCCCUGUUGUUGACCAUUUAGAUAACUACAGUUUGUGCCUAUAAAACAUGACAGGACCGGCUUGUAUGUUUUGUCCUCUGACUACACAUUAUGUACUACAACUAUCUAUUAAGGUUGUAAUCUGUAUGAUGAGGUCAUGAAAACAGAAUAACAGGCUUACAAAAGUCCUUUCAAUCCGGAAACUAAAAAAUCGUACUGGAAUGCCUGCUCCCAAAACAGAUUUUCAUACCGUAAAGACCCUCUGAGCGGGAUAUCGUCUCCGUAUCCCUGUGCCUGGUUCCUGCUUACAAACCCGUUAGGUAACUGUGUGUUUCAGAGCGUUGGGGGGGUAACCAGGUUCCUGGUGACGACCUUAAUCUAAAGCCAAAUCAGCGCUGUGCCCUGAGAGAAAUAGGUCUCAACUGGUUGUACUGUGUUAAAAUGAAUUAUAGUGAUGAGU